AUGUUCGCGCGCAAGGCGGUGGAGCUCGUGCAGGAGGUGGCGCGAUGCGACGCCGACCAAAUCCUGCCCUUUGAUGCGGACGGCGUGCAGCGAGUGCUGGAGGAGGCGCACGAGCAUCACCAACACAUGGUGCCUCUGUCGCCUCUCGAAACGCUCCUCACCUGCUCAUUCAUUCUGCGUUCCACCCUUCGCCCUGGUCUGCUGCACCUCUCGCCCUGGCGAGUGCAGGGGUCGGGAGUGGAGUGGCAGGAGACGCGGCUGGAGGACGCCACGGCCGUGAUGGUGCACCACCAGGCGCUGCUGCGCAACAAGCGCUGCCUCCUCGCCUACCUCAAUGCGCGCAUGGAUCAGAUUCGACGGCUGCGAUGGCAGCUGGGAGCAACGCUGCCACGGGCGUUGCAGGAGCGGCUGAGUGCGGGGGAGGGCGAGUGGCUGGCGCAGUACUCACAAUCACUGGGCGACUACAUGGCGGAUGCAGGGCUCGACCUCACUGUGGACCUGCUACCCCCCAAGGACCCGUACAUCGAGGUGCGCGUGCUCAAGGACGCCGGUGCAAUGUAUCUGGACGACAAAGUGGCGUACUUGGAAGCCAACACUCUCCACCUCGUCAGGAAGACCGACGCAGAACCGCUCAUUUUGAAGGGUAUAGUAGUUGAUGUAUUUCUUGGCGCCGCUUGCCUGGUUGGAGGUGAGAGAGUAAAUGUGUGUCAUUUCUAG